GAAUUCUAACCCCCGCCCCUUGGGUGUUCCUCUGCCUACAUCUCUCCUGCUCCGAGCCUCAGGCGGCCACCGGUAAAAAGAAAGGGUGCUUGGAAGAACCGUAGUAGAGUUUUUCAUCAAACAAAUGAAACACAUCACAGAACGGUGCUAAGAUGGCCACCUUGGCACAAAGAGACCUACAGCCUGCCAGAAGAUACAUGAAAGUACAGAGAGGUUUUACCGCUGCAUAUCCAACACAAUCCUCCAUUCCUUACAAAUCUCAGUCUGAGAAUAUUUCAGAAUCAGAAAAGAAAGGAUUUAAUAGUCAAUCCAAGAGAUUUGAUCAUAAAAAGGACAAUAUCCCGGGUCCUGGCUCCUACAACAUCACUCACCAAUCUCCAGUGUUCAACAGCGCCUCGCUGUCCACGAGAGGGACGUGUGCGUUUCCCUCGAGGCGUGACCGAAUGGGCCCCAUCGUUUCUAAAUAUCCCGCAGCAAAUGCGUACACUCUGCCGUCAUGUUUUGUUUCGAAGAAAGACUUCAGUAAUACCUGUUCCAGCAUGUUCCAGAUGCCAAGCUUUGGAAAAGGCCUCAGAUUUGAAACUCCUGCACCAAACCAUUACAAUGCCUCCGUCUCUUACUGCAAGCAGAGAAACAACGUCUGUGCCCGAGCCGAGUUUCUGUCCAAAACCGAGAGAGGAGUGUUCACCAUCCCUGGAAAAGGACCGGCACCAGGGCAUUACGAUAUCAACGAAUCCCUUGUGAAGCAGUCGCCAACGACAUUAGUGUCCUGUUUUAAAUCAAAAACUGACCGUGGAUUAAAACUGACAUCAACCGUCCCGGGACCCGGUUAUUACAACCCACACGAUCACAUCACAAUUCCGAAAAAGGCCUUUAUCCCGAAACACUCCAUCCUGAACUUCUCCACCCAGCCUCUGUCUCUGCCCCUGAAGCCGUCUCUCCCAGGCCCUGGGCAGUACGAGAUUGUGGACUACGCGGGGCCGCCCAAGUAUUUAAUCUCCAGUGCAUCGUUCGUGUCCAACACCAAGCGGUGGACAGCGGCGCCGACUCAACCAGGCCUGCCUGGCCCAGCCACCUACAAGCCGGAGCUCCCUGGGAAGCAGUCCUUUCUCUACAACGAGGGCAACAGGUGGAUCCCGGUGUUGUAGCGACCGCACAGGCACGGGAAAGCCCGGCCACCAGCGGCCCCACGUGGGGCAGCUCCGCCACCUGGCUCCGUGGUGGCGGCCUUUGUCCUGGUCUCGAGCUGCCUCCUGGAGAUUGGGCCUCCCAGCCCUCUGACCCCGUGGCUUCCUGAGAAGAAGAGGAGAGGACAGAGCCUCCCCGGUUCCUUGGCCAGGCACCUGGCCAGGCUGCUGUCUGCACCUGCCCUCAGACGCAAGGGGCUCCUGACGCUCGGGCUCCAGGGAGAAGGUAGAGGAGGGCAGCUGCCCUGCCUAGCAGCCUGGUGCUGACCAGGGCUCUGGGGCCCACGUGCAUCUGCAGCGGGGACAGCACAGCCUUCUGGCCUCGGCUUCCAGACCCUCCUGGUGUUCCCAGAGCUGGAAGGCUCAGAGGCGCUUGUGACAGACACGCAGGGGUUGCCUGGGCUCCUUGCCCCCCCCAAGCCCUUGGAUCUCACCUUCAGGAAGAGCGUGGCAGCCAGUCACCUGGUCACCGUGCUCAGCACCCACCCCCAGGAGAGGCUGCUGCGUGCUUCACUGGCUCCGUGUUCAACAGCACAUGUGGGCGGGGCCCUGCUGGAGCCAGAGCCUGGAAACGGGUUCUGGGGGGCACGGGAGCCACGCAACACCCUGAGCCUGCAGGUUCUCACUCUCACCCGGCCUUUCCCCUUCCUGGGCUGGGCUCCCCAACCCCCUGCUCAAGUUGGACACUUAAUGCAUCUUUUCUGGCCUGUCAUUUCCCCUCGGCAAGAGGAGAAGAUUCCCAAAGAACCAGGAGAAGGUAGAAGUAGCCACACACGCCUCCUUCCCCAAAUAUUGGCAUUCUCUUUCAGUUUCGUGAGUGGAACUCUCUCAGACAGCCUGCCCUCCCCACAGCGAGGACAAGGCUCUCACUUCCCUUUCGCGCCCUCCUUUGACUUUGCUCUGGAAAUGCUACAUCCUGGGCCUCCAUGUCAAAACUGGCUGCUGAUGGGCUCUCCACUGAGGGAGGGGUUGGAAGGAUGGAAUAACAUCCAAUUAAAUUGAAAUCUUGCAUCUC